AUGUCAGCCUCUGACCUAGGGACGCUUAGGGAUUACAUUGGCGACGCGCUAGAAAAAGGAUGGAUCAGAGAAUCCACCUCACAGGCAGCUAGCCCUGUGCUAUUUAUACCAAAGAAGGAUGGUACAGAUAGACUGUGUGUAGAUUAUCGCAAACUCAAUGAUAUAACGAUCAAAGAUCGGUACCCACUUCCAUUAGCUACGGAACUGAGGGAUCGAUUGAGAAAAGCUAAGAUUUUCUCCAAGUUUGAUCUACGAAACGGAUUUCACCUCAUCAGAAUGAAGGAAGGUGAAGAAUGGAAAACAGCAUUCAGAACUUAUUGGGUUUCUUGA